UGUUUACAAAUGGCGGCCACACAAGGUUUUCCGAAGUGGUUGCUGAACUGUAAAGAAGAUAUCACAAAAUCUAAGGAAUGGAGUAUUUUUCUCCAGGAAUUACAUGAUGCUAUACAACAACAAUUAACAGAAAGUCAUGUUCAAUAUUUUACUGAUUUAUCAGAACCAGAAAAAGAAUUGUUUAUGCAGAGAGCUACCAAGGCGAUUGAAGGAGGUAGUGUUUCUAAAAAUGUUGCUGGUAAAGUCACAAAUCUUCUGGAUCAACAUUUAAACAACGACGUAGCUAAACAACUUCUUGAAGAUUACCCUGUCGACACCAAAUCAGAUCUUAUUAUAGAGGGAGCUGAAGAAGGGGCUCUCAGUUUAUUGAAGAAAUGGCCUGAAUUUAAAUCAAAGUUACACAUCUGUUUGAAUCAACCUCUUCCAUUAACAAUCCGACAGUUAGCCUGGAGACUCUAUCUUAGUAAUGCAAAAUUACGUAAACGAUAUGUUGAUUUGAUGAAGAGCGACCCGAGAAGUGCCAUUUCUCCCUAUGAUGUAGAUAUCUCACAGAAAUGUGAACAACUUCUACUUUCUGAAACAACAUUUUCAGAUUUAAAGGGUUCAGUUGGUGCAUUUUAUGCAAUGAAAGCUGUUUUAUCGUAUAAUCAUGCUAUACAGAGGACGAAAAACCGAGUACGAGAUAUGGACUUUAUGUUGAUUGUUCCAUUUGUAGAAGUGGCAGCACCAAACUUUUCUAGACAAGAACCUGCUCCUGGUCGAGUGGUGGCCAUGUUAGUUGAAGAGUUUUUAACUUUUAAUGAAACAAAACCAGGAUUUAUUACAGAUUCAGGAUCUCAGGUGGAUAAUGAAGAAAUGGCAGCAUUUGCAAGUAAAGUUUUAACAAUAUUAGAAAGACUUUAUCCAGAAGUUACAAAAACGAUUGGUAGAGCAUAUGUACCUGAUAAAGAAAAGAUAGUAGCAACCGAGAAAGGUUCUCAAGCUGUGUUAUUAGAUGGUUUAACAAUGUCAAUUAGACCGGUCAUUAGAGCUGUAUUUGUGGCUUAUUUAAAGAUGGACGUAUUAUUGUAUGUGUGGGAUCAGUAUAUUAUUGGUAUGGAUGUUCCUGGUUUUGGUACAGAAUGGUUGGCUGUAGCCAUGGCAACGUUACUAGGAUUAUUACAAGAUAAAUUAAAAGAAUGUAACAGCCCUUCAGAAUUAGAUAGUAUUAUAACACAAGAAUCACCUAAAUUAACCAUCCCACAGUUUCAAUAUGAGGUAAAACGACAUCAUUAUAGAGAAUUAUAUGCUAUGUUAACUAAAGAUCAGAAAGCUGCUAUGCCUGUUUUAGAUCCUACUCAAGCUGCCCAUCCACCAUGGCGCCACUGGUAUAAUGAUGUCAUACCACCAUACACUAAACCACAAGACAGACGGAAAGCACGAGAGGAGAGAGAGGCAGAGAGAGAAAGGUUACUACAGCAACAGAAAGAAGCUACAGAUUAUAGAAAUGAUUUAGAAGAAAGAGAAAGAAGAGAAGAAGAAGAAGAAUAUACCAGAGCUGCAGCGGCUGAAAGAUUCCGAGUUGAACAAGAAAGAUUACUAUUAGAGGAACAACUAUAUCAGGAACGAAGAUUAAGAGAAGACAAUGAACGAAAAGCUCAAGACGAGAUUGAACAACUGAAACGAGAAGUUGACAUAUUGAAACGAACAUCGAAACCAACAAAAUCCCCAACUCCUUCAGUCAAUAGUAACAUGUCAUACAUGAGUCGUGUUUUGUUACCACCACCACCGACACCAGCCUCACAUUAUUCAGGAACAAACGGUCUGCCCCCAAUAUUAGAAUCACCUGGUAGAACACCUUCUAGAACACACACACCACAACAACAGACAGAAAAUGUAGUGUUACACUUUUUGAGCAAAGUUCGAAAAACAUUAGAUAACAUUGCUCAUGGUGAAGGUAAAGAUAGGGAGACAUUAGAAAGGGAAACAGAAAAAUUUGUAGAUCAAAAUAUAGAUGAUAUAAAGAGAGCUGAGGCACAAGUUAUGGGUCAUAGAUUACAACCAGGAGAAUUUGAUUCCAUGCCCUAUGAAAAGCAGCAGGAAAUCAGUGAUCAAAUGAUGAUUUUAAUCCAAAAAUGGCGGGAAGAAAGACGUGCUGCAGAAUUAAGACAAUCAAGACAGUCUUUAUAAAAUAAAAUAAAUAUUUUACAGGAACGAACUGCUUGACUAUAAGAUCACAUCGUUUAAAAACUUAGAAAAAAUAAAUUCAUCAUCAUUUUAGUAUAUCAUUUUUUACACCCUCAAAAGUAUUUUUAUGGGUAAAAUUAAUGUGAAAUGUUUCUUCUUUGUUAUCUAAGCUGACUGAUAUCUAGUUUUCUUAGUCAAGUUUAUUGCUAGGUUAUUAAGCCGUUAGCACUUGGUGGGUACAUGUAAGUAUUGACUACCUCAGUUCCUUGAAGAAAUUUAGAGAAAAGUGAUAUAUUAAUACUGGUACAUCCUUGGACAGAGUGAAACAGUCUGAAUCUACUGUUCCUUAGACUAGGUCAAACUGCCCGAUAUGUGUGAAUAGCUUUCUGUAUUAAAGGACCAUUUUGCAUGCACCUUUAAAUGCUAAAGGGUUAAUGAUCAUCUUCCAGACUGUUAAACAUAUAUUAUCUAAGAUUUAGAUAAAGAACUGACAGUUCUCGCUAUAAUAGUUAAAAAAUAGGUAAUAAAAAGGGAAUAUGUUGAAAAUGUCAGUAAAAUUUCUCCAUUCUGAGCGGAGUUAUUGUCGAUUGCAGAAUAGUGCAGUCACGAUCUUCAUUGCUACUGUUAUGAUAAUAAACAAAGUUCGAUUAUCCAUUUUUAAAAAUCAUUAACCACAAAUCCGAUGGCAUCAAGAGUUGAUUAUGAUCUUGGCAAGUUAAUAAAUGUCUAAUUAAUAAUUUAUAUGACAUUUAAGGCCUAAAAAAAGAACUGCAAUAGGCAGAUUUAGUUCUUGAAUAAUUCCCCUUUAACAGUUCCAGUGGUGUAUUAUAGAGGGACACACUUUGGGCUGUUAUAAUUUAUAUUUGGGCUUAUCUGAAAUAAUGCUGGAGUUAUUUCAGUUGAAAACCGUUUUGUUCAAAGCCUAUAUCCCCAAACUCUCCCUUUACUUUAAUAUUGAACAAAUUAUGUGACCCCAUCCCCCUCUGGGUUUUUUUUAAGUCACAGAAAGUGAAAUACAUGUACUAUUGAUUUAUGUAAAGAAACGUAUUUAUUGAUAGUAAAAAAUCACAGCAUUACUUGUAACAAAUAAAUUGGCAAAAUAAAGAUUUUAUACUUUUAUAUCUAUAUUAUUACAUGUACAUAAGACAUUCAUUAUUUUAUUUAAAUAUUUUAUUGUAAGAAUUUUGUAAAAUAUAAAUAUAAUUUAAAAUAUA